AUGUUCUUUGUACUUCUCAGAAUACCAUCUCUAUGCAUAUUUUCAUAUCUUACUAAUUUUACUUUCGCCUUGAAAUGUUAUGAUUGUACAUAUUGUCCGUAUCCAUGGUCAACUUUUGGUAUACAAACAUAUGGAUCUUUUGUGGGUAUUUUCUCACGUGUUAAAUCUUGUUAUAAAAAAGAAUUUUAUAAUGCUAUAGAUCGUCGACUCGAUAGAGUUGUACGUGGUGCACUUGAUAGAGAAUGUAAAGAAGGAAAAUUAGAAACAAAUCAUGAAAAAUCAAUAACAUAUUGUUGUUAUUCCAAUUAUUGCAAUGGAGCAUUAUCUAGAGAGCUAAUAAAUUAUAUUCUUAUGAAUGCAAUAGCUCUUUUAUCACUUAUUUUAUUCACUGUAAAAGAAUAA